GUUAGCAUUUCAAGUGUAAAUAAUUUGGUCUGAUAUUGGUUAAGAUGCGGUGUGUGACAUUUUUAUGGUUUAUCAUUUAAUUUGUUAAUUUAGAAAUUUUCAGAAUUAUCUUUUAGUGGAUUGUAUGAGUAGUAGCAUAUAUCUGUUUCCCCAUGAUUCUAUUAAUUUGACUUGAGUCAAAAUAAAAAUUACUUAACUUGUGGUUGGAACAUGGAGUACAUGCCGCAACCGCGCCUCCUCCAUGACAUGCUGAUUCUCCCAACUGGCCAAAUUUUGAUCAUCAAUGGAGCAAAACAUGGUUGUGCAGGGUUUGACAAUGCAAGAAAUGCUUCUCUUGAACCAUACCCCCCAAAAAGAUACUUGGGAAAAGGUUCAACCCUUCUUCCUGAUGGAAGGGUCUUGGUUGGUGGUGGCAACCCUCAUCCAAGGUACAUAUUUCGCAAUGUGGCAUACCCAACAGAAUUGAGACUCCAAGCAUUUGUUCCACACUACAUGGACAAGAGGUACCAUAACAAGAGGCCUAUGAACUUAACCAUAGAAUAUGGUAAUCAAAUUGGGUACGGUAAAGAGUUUAGAGUGAAGUUUAUGGUGGUUAAGAAGGGGCAAAUUAGUAAUAAUACUGUAACGUUCAGUGAAUGCAAUUUUGGAAGCACCACCAUCAUCUUUUGUUGCACCUUCUGGUUACUACUUGCUCACUGUUGUUAAUGCUGGAAUU